GUUAUCCCUUACCUAUAAUUUUAUGUGCUUUGCCAAAUAGGCAGCUUUUAAGAUAAAAUAGAUAAAUAUACAUUAAAAUAGUACAUUAACUUAUUGGGGGCUAUUUUUGAACUAUUAUUAAUAUUAUUAUUAUUCAUAUCAUUAGUUGUAACAUUUUAUAGAAAUUAACGGAUAUCGUUUAUAAUCUUGCAAGGAUUUAUAACGAAAUAUAUGGAUAAUUUAUUUAUUCACAACUCCUUAUGGAAUUCUUAUUGCUAACAUCACCAUAAAUAUUGUUACAAGAACUAUUUUUAAUAAUUAUAUGUGAAGCAAUCUUCUAUGAAGCCUAUGCUGGGUUCUUCUGCUUCAAGCCUCAUGAGUGCAUCAAGUAGUGGAAGCACUGGUAGUGCACAAGCCUCAGCUGGUCAACACACUAUAGCAGCUACACUUACAGCUGUGCAUAAAAUGGAUUCUGAAUUACGUUGCCCAUCUUGUAGGCGAUUUUUCCAAUGUCCUUUAUUGUUACCAUGUGGACAUUCCCUGUGCAAUUUAUGUGCAGCUGGAGCUCUACUCCCCGCUAGCGAACCAAGCAUAGCGGCAUCGAUUGCAGCAGCGCUACACUUAUCAACAGCUGAGACAUUUAGUCCUGCUAGUGGUCCCCCUCAAUCCUCAUCCUCGUCUUCAUCGACAACAGGAAGUAGUAUAGGUUGUCCCAGUACUUCUAACUCACAAGGAAACACACAGAUUAUGGGUUGUACUUCCAUCAUACCUUCAGAUUCUGAUCAAAUGAGUGUUGUUAGCGAAACAGAUUCUGGUGUAAUUGUUAGCAGCCGACCAGGUAGUUAUGUGGGAAGACUACCCGUUAUAAUAUGUUCAUCAACCUCAGGUUUAGGUCCAAGUCAAACCUACAGUAUCUCUUCAUCUUCAAUAAGUCAAGUUUCAAGUGGCUUAAUAUGUCCUAUAUGUAACCACGUCGUUGGUCUUUUUGAUGAUAAAGGGCUAAGCCAUCUCCCGAGAAAUCGUGCUCUUGAACGGAUAAUAUCUAAAUUUGUAGGCCCUGAUCAGUCACAUCAUUCAUUAAAAGUGAGUGCAGACUUGGAACCAUUUUUAUUAAACAAUAACACAGACCCAAUUAAUAGACCAGGUGGACCACUUUGUCAGUUAUGUGAAGAACCUAAUAUCCCAACAGAAAAUCCAUUAUCUUCAGAAACCAAUGAGACUGAAGUGAUUGAACAAAAUUGUUUAGCAACAUUUUGGUGUGAACAAUGUGAAAUAUUUUAUUGUACACGAUGUCGUGAAAAAUGUCAUCCAGCUCGUGGACCAUUAAAUCGUCAUGCAUUACAUUCAGCAAUUGAAGGUGUAAAAAUAAUUAGACAAAAACAACGUAAUCAACCUACACCAUGUAUGUCACAUUUAAAUAUAAUACCAAAUUUAUAUUGUGUUAAUUGUCAUAUACCGGUGUGUAAUGAAUGCAUAAGUAAUGAUAAUUCACAAACAUUUGAAACACAUUCAAAACAUGAAAUACUCCCAUUGAUUGGAGUCUGUAAAUCACGGAAAACUGAACUGUCUCAGUCACUUCAAGCACUAUCGGAAAGAGCUCGUUCAGCUACGGAGCACAUACAACGUUUAAGAUCAAAGUCAGAAACUGUUAAUAGAAAUCUUGCAGAUUCAGAAAAAGAACUUGUUGAACAACUGAACACAUUAAUUUCUGCAAUUGAAACAAAAAAACAAGAACUAACAGAACGUUUACGAGAUGAAAGAACCAAACGUAUUCAUUGUCUCAAGGAACAAAUUAAUCGUGUCACAUCAUUAUUAACUAAAUCAACUGGUCUUAUUCAAUUUUGUAUUGAAAUGCUCAAAGAAAGUGAUCCAUCUGCAUUUCUUUUGGUAUCUCAAUCACUUAUCACACGUACUCAAAAUGCAGAACAAAAUUUUAUACAAGAACUUCAACAUACAUCAUCCACUAAUGAUAUUACUGGAUCUUUAUUAUCACUUGCUUUAUCAUCAAGUAAAGAUUAUUCACAUCAUUCACCUAAGAAAAGAACACUUAAAUCAACUGAAGAGAUUUCUGGUAAAUACAAUAAUCUUGCUAGUAAUGUUAGUGGAACAAGUACAUCUAAUCGAUUGAACAAAACAUUGGAUUUAUUAGGUGUGAAUAGUGUUGAUGCAAUACUUCGAGCAAUUUUAAAUUUAGGUUUAGAAGAAGAUCAAAAUACAAAAAGAACUGAAUAUUUUCAACUUAUCAAUCAAAAAAUUAACGAUGCUCCAGCUCCACCAGCGUUUCUUAUAGAAGAAUGCAUUUCAGAGCGUAAUGUCAUUACUCUUGUGUGGCAACCCACAUCUUCUAUUCCUAUUGAUCGUUACACACUUGAAUUGGAUGAUGGAGCAGGUGGAACUUUCAGGAAAGUUUAUCGGGGUGUUGAAACAAUGUGCACUGUCGAAGGUUUACACUUUCGUUCCGUCUAUCGUGCACGCGUUAAAGCGCACAAUCAAGCUGGUGAAAGUCAGUACAGUGAACGAAUUUGUCUACAGACAUCAGAUUUUACUUGGUUUCAUUUGGAUAUUCAUACCUCUGUACCAGAAAUUUUACUUACAAAUGGAAAUAGAACUGUUACUAGUCAAUUAUCUGAAGAUAGAGUAAUUCUUGGUUCAACUGGUUUAUCAAGAGGUGUACAUUAUUGGGAAUUUACUGUAGAUCGUUGUGAUCCUGGUGGACAACCUGCAUUUGGUAUAGCUAGAUAUGACUGUAAUAAAGAAAUUAUGCUUGGUCUUGAUAUGAAAAGUUGGUCAAUUUAUUUUGAUUAUAAACGAAGUUGGUUUUUACAUAAUGGAGAACAUUUUGAACGAACUGACGGUGGAAUACAUGCUGGUAGUGUAGUUGGUAUUCGACUAGAUUGUAAUAGAGGCAGUCUAUCUUAUUAUUUAAAUGAUCAACCGCAUGGUCCAAUUGCAUUCACUAAUUUACCAAAUGGGAUUUAUUAUCCAGCUGUCAGUUUAACAAGAGCUAUUCAACUAACUCUACAUUCUGGUUUGGAAGCUCCUAGUGAGAGUGAAGAAAGUGAUGAAGAUAGUUCUGGUGGUGGAACAGGAACUGAAACCACUUCUAUGGCAACCACUGUUUUAACCCUACCUUCUACAUUACAAAGCAAAGGAUUAAGGCAAUGAAUUUAAUGACAUUGGACUCUUAAACAUGCCACAAUCACUUUUUCAAUAUUAAAGAACAAAAUUAUUAACUACAUAAUCUGCCCGUAAGUUUUUUUAUCAAAUGUUUGAUUGUAAACAAACCAUAUGUAGCUCGAAGAAGUUUCAAUCAAAUGAAAUAUCAACUUCAGGCUAUAAAUUUAAAAAACAAAAUAUAUACUUAAACUAAUUAAUUCAAGUAAAAUUAAAUCUUCUACCGUUUCUUAAAGUACAUAUACCUUUUAAAUACAUCUUACAAAUACAUAAUGACUUUAUAUAACUACCUAUGAAAACAUUAAAAUCUUAAUGUUUAUUUCACUUUCUUUUUGGAUGUCUUAAAUAAUUUGAAUUUUCAUUAAAUAACUUGAUUAUUAUAUAUUUUCUUUGUAUAAAUCAACUAAUAUAAUAAUUUUAUGCUUUAUUUAUUUAAAAUGUUUGUUUUUUUUCUUGUGUGCAUUAUUAUUUGAUGAAUACAAAAAUCUUACAUAAAAUCUGUUAAUGAAUCUACAAAACAUAAUAAUAACUUAUUAAUGUUUUGUUUAUCUGAAUUGAAUAUUGAAUUGUGAACAUUUAGUCAUUUAUAAACUUAUUUUAAAGAAAAAUAACAAAAUAAGAAUGAACAAAUAAACAGGACUUGGUCAUAAACAGAUAAACCUACACCAUAUACAUCAUACAUAUAAAUGAUGUACAAAUGAUAACAGUUAACUUUUUGUUUAUAUUUUAUUAAAUCUUAACAUAAACAUUAAAGAAUUUAAAAUAUAGAUUAUACUAAACAUUUUAAAUACAUCAGUAAAACAAUAAUAUUCAUAAAAAUAACUUUUUUUCCUCUCAUUGGUUUUUUGUUUGUUUUUUGUUUUUUUCUUUAUUGAUCCAAAUGUUCUUCCUAAGUUGUUUAUUUAUUUAUUUUUUUGGUCUUAUUUUUUAUGUGUACAUUUCAAUUUGUAUUGAUUAAAAAUUUGAAUAGUGUAAGGGAUAUAACAAUUAGUUUUGUUUAAAUAUUAACUUAUUAAUUCUAUUAACAAGUUACAUCCUAAAAUUAUUGAUCAAUUAUCAACUAUUUGUUUUGCUUAGUUUUCUUUUUUUUCUUUUCUAUGUAUGUUUUCUUCGAAAAAAAACAAACAAACAAACAGACAAACAAUUUAAUUACAUUUGAAAUAAUAAUUUUUUAAACAAAAAUAUGUAAACAUUUUUUUCAGAAGUAAAUCUGUUGUGAAAUUGUGUAAUAUGAUUGUUUUGUUUUUCUUUUGAUUAUGUCAAUGUAAUUUGUGUGUGAAUUUAUCUUUUGAAAUCUUAUUCAACAUGAUCAAUUAAUGUAAUCAUGAAUUUUUCUUUCUUUUUUUAAUUAGUAACAUAUGUACACAAAUAUUUGUUGUUGUAUUUUUAUUUAGAAAUUAAAUGAUUUGUUUACAGGAGAGAAUUAAAAUAUAAAACUUAAUCAUUCAUUUGACAAAAGAAUAUCAUUUAUUCAUUUAUAUCUGGUUUAGAAAUAGAUUAAUUUAUCAAAUCAUAAUGAGUAUUCAUUUUUCUUAUUGAUUAUUUUAAAUCUCCCUACUGAUGUUGUGAAUUGUAAUUACUUACUUACUUAUGCCUGUUACUCCUAAUGGAGCAUAGACUCACUCUGUCCUGGGUCCUCUUUUCUAGUUCCAUCCAAGUCUUGUCCAUUUUUCUCAUGUCUAUCUCCAUUUCCCGGCGUAAUGUAUCCUUUGGUCUUUCUCUCCUCCUUCGACCUUGAGGAUUCCAUGUGAGGGCUUGUCUUGUGACGCAG